CAGUCGCUUCCAAGCGGGCGCCGCCGUGUUCUUCCGCCGCCAUCCUCCAUCCCGAAGCAGCCAGCACCAGAAACCUGCACUUAAACAUGAGCUUCACAGUCGAAGAGAGGGGAAACCCGAACUCCCUGAGCUACCGCUUGUUCUUCAAAAAUGCUGAAGGAAAGUACAUCUCGCCCUUCCAUGACAUACCCAUGUACGCUGAUGAGAGCCAGAACAUCUUCCACAUGGUUGUCGAAGUACCCAGAUGGACGAACGCAAAGAUGGAGAUCGCGACAAAAGACGUCCUGAACCCAAUAAAGCAGGACGUGAAGAAGGGAAAGUUGCGCUACGUGGCCAACGUUUUUCCCCACAAAGGCUACAUCUGGAACUACGGAGCGAUCCCUCAGACGUGGGAGGACCCCGCCCAUAAAGACGGAGACACCGACUGCUGCGGUGACAACGACCCCAUCGACGUCUGUGAAAUUGGCAGCAGGGUGUGCAGCCGCGGAGAGGUCAUCAAGGUGAAGGUGCUCGGCAUCCUGGCCAUGAUCGACGAGGGGGAAACGGAUUGGAAAGUGAUCGCCAUCAACGUAGAGGACCCUGAAGCCAAGGAGCUCAACGACAUCGGCGACGUCCAGCGCCUGAAACCCGGUUACCUGGAGGCCACGGUGGACUGGUUCAGGAGGUACAAAGUGCCGGACGGGAAACCAGAGAACCGCUUUGCUUUCAACGACGAGUUUAAAGACAAGGACUUUGCCAUUAAAGUGAUCAAGAGCACUCACAGCUUCUGGAAAGCCCUCCUCGACCAAAAGGCCAGCGCUGGGGAACUCAUCUGCAAGAACACGUGCGUGUCGGCCGGCGACAGCCCAUACUGCUGCUCGGCAGAGGAGGCCAAAGCUGCUGUCGGUGAGACGUGUCCCUGUGGGAAAGAAGAGCCCAUCCCACCGUCAGUGGAUACAUGGUUCUACUAUGAGAGGAAGUGAUCCAGGAGCUGAACAGUUUCAAGAAAAAAAACCACACUUAUCUGUGACAGUUAUACUUGAAGACGAGUUUAGUAUCAGUAGGAUUGGCGGGUAGUUGGGUGUAGUUCCUCUGUCUUCCUGUAGACAGAGAGCUAAUGGUGAUGUACUGACAGAGAAAGCGCCAAGCAUAAGCGUGUCAUCAGCAACAACUUCUUCCCCUAUUUAAACAAAGGUCUCCGUGGAGAUGUGCUGCCAGAUGAAGUACUGGCGGUGUGCCUCGUGGAAAUGUUUGCGCUGUAAGACACCGGCCUGCUCUAAUAAAGAUCUGCUUAAAUUAUUA